AUGGGGGAAAGAAGGAAGAUAUAUAUUCUUCUUCAAGAUUGCGAGGGCUAUGUGUUUGUUGAUAAGUCGGCACUUGGCCUUCCGCCAAGAUCAACACCGACUCCUGUUUCAAAAGGAGAAGUAUUUGAGGCUCUUCCACAUGCUGACCAACCCAAAGAGAAACACAGAAUAUCUCUUGCUGGAGUCGAACGAAAGGACUUGCGUCUUCAAUGUGAAGACAAAGAUAUCAAGAAGUUAACCGUCACGGAAGCGGAGUCACUGUUGGCCGUUCCUUCAGCAGCACUCCGUUAUGAAAAAUUCUUAACAAUACAAGAAGUCGGACGCCAAGCAGAGCAAAGUGUAAGUAAUUCUAAAACAAGUUUAAAUAGGUUCAUUUUCAUUUCCCUCCCAAAACCUUAAGUUUUAGUAAUAAGAAAUAGACAAAUCUCUCUCUAAUUCCUAAAUCCUAUUUGAAAUGGAGUAGUCAUAGAAAAAAGCAGUAGACGAAAAUGCUUGUAAAAAAUUGUGAGCGUGAAUUCAUUAUCCUAAGCAAUUGACCCAGAAAAGGUUGUGUUAUGCAUGCACUCCACGCUUCAAGGUGAAGCAUCAAACAAAUACUCUGAAAUAACACAGUAGGUGUAUUGACCUGAAGACGCAUAAUUUAAAAGCAAGAGAGAAUGAGCUAGCUCAUUCUUUCUUGUAAAAAGUUAUUAAAUGUUCUUCGCCCUAACACCUACCCCAAGGUUUGCUAUUUCUACUCUCCCAAAUUUUCCUCGAAGGUAAAAUGAAUGAUGGUAGCCACGGUAUUACGAACAUAAACAAGGGGCUGCCGCUCGCCCAAAAAGAUACGCCUGCAUUGCUAGCUAAUUGUGGGGCUCAGGCGGGCUAUUAUUUGAAGACGCGUGUCUCGCGCUUGGCGCGCGCGCUCUAAAACCCGCCCCAAAUAAUGCCUGUCGUCCAGGCCAGAGCCACCAAAAAUAGCAUUAAUUUUUCCUCUGAAAAAUUCUCAAGCCAAAAGAAAUUAUCAAAACAGAACAAAACAAACAAAAAAGGUGUAUUUUAGGGCCCAGGAGGGUAAUCUAGACUGUCGGGAACAAAAAAAAACGGACUCCGUAUCAAAUCUUUCCUUCCAUUUCGUUUACAACAGAAAAGCAACCUUCAAGGAACCUCGGAGGAAGAAAUCAAACAACUUGAUCAAGAAAUUGAAGUUGGUCAAAGAGUGAUAACUACUAUAAAGGAUGUUCAGACUCGAGGAACUGUACGUUACAUUGGCGAGGAGAAGGACUCGAGAGGCGCGUCGCGCAAAUUUGUGGGACUGGAGCUGGUACGUUGCAAUAUUUUUUUUUUUUAA